AUGGUGGACAAUAAUAGCCAAAAAAAUGAAUCAUCAAGUGUUGUAGUACUUUAUUGUAGAGUAUGUAAGAGGGGAUUUAAUAGUGCUGGGGCACUAGGUGGGCAUAUGAGAUCUCAUGGGGCAGUUGGGGAUAAUAGUAAUAGAAACUAUGGAGAAAAUAUUAGUGAACAAAAAUAUAUGAUGAAUAAUUUUAGAAGGGAUAAAUCGGAGGGUCAGAAACACUCGUAUAAUCUUCGUACUAAUUCUAAUCGAUUAGUGUUAGGAAAUAAUCGAUCUACAAGUGAUUAUGAUCUAGUAGAUGUUGAAAAAUCGGAGUAUUAUUAUUAUGAUCACGAUGUUAAGGAGAAACAACAUUGUUCAAGAGAAGAAGAAGAAGAUCUCGCGAAUUGUUUAGUCAUGUUAUCGAACAAAUUUUAUGAUUUGCCCGAUAACAACAAGAAGGAGGAUAAAAACAAGGCUAAAGAAGUGGAAAAGGGAAUGUUCCAAUGUAAGGCAUGUAAGAAAAUUUUUAGUUCUCACCAAGCUUUAGGGGGACAUAGAGCAAGUCACAAGAAAGUUAAAGGGUGUUAUGCUGCAAAACUCGAUGACAAUAUUAACGAUGACGACAACAACAACAAUAACAACAACAACGAUGAUGAUAAUGACAUCGAUGAAGACUCAAUGAUCUCUCCUAGUGAUUUAAUUUUGCAGCAAGAAUCUAACGAUUUUCAAUCUCAAUCUCCAACAUCAUUUUCAAGAAAGAGAUCGAGGGUUCAUCAAUGCUCAAUCUGCCAUCGAGUCUUUUUAUCUGGACAAGCCUUGGGUGGACACAAAAGGUGUCAUUGGCUAACAUCGAGUUUGCCGGAGACUACCUUUAUACCUACUUUUGGUGAAAUCCAAUAUCACAAUCAAGAACAAGUACCUUUAUUUACAAACACUCAUCAACCACUAGAUCUAAAUUUUCCAGCACAACUAGGCAAUCCAGCUGAAGUUGGCUUGAAACUACAUAAUAAUCCAUUUGAACAUGAAGGCCCAAGAAGCCAUCUCCAACUAUGGACAGACCAACAAGUUGACACUAACCAAAAUCAAAAUCAUAAGUGCAAAGAUUCUUUGAGUAGGGAGGAAAAUAGAAAGGCCAAGGAAGCAAAAUUGAGUAACCUUAAAGAUGUGAAUUUAGAUGGAGGCUCUUCUUGGUUACAAGUAGGAAUUGGUCCAACUCCUGAUAUUUUAGCAACCCUUCAAGGGUAG